AUUAAGGCUACACGUGUUCGUCAAAGUCCUCUACUUGUCGAGUAUGGAAGUAACGUUUCCUACAGAAGAGGAGGCUGUGAGUGCUGCCAAGAACAAGUCUGCAGAAGAAAUGACGAGUGCCGACUACUACUUCGACUCUUAUGCACAUUUUGGAAUCCAUGAGGAGAUGCUGAAGGAUGAAGUCCGUAUGCUCACAUACAGAAACUCCAUCUAUUACAACAAGCAUCUGUUUCGUGGAAAGACAGUACUUGAUGUCGGCUGUGGCACAGGGAUCCUCAGCAUGUUUUGUGCAAAAGCUGGAGCAGCCAAAGUGUUUGCGAUCGACUUUUCAAGUAUCGUUGAGUAUGCAAAGACCAUUAUUCAUGACAAUGGAUAUGACAAAGUUAUACAGGUUAUACGAGGUAAAGUCGAAGAAGUCGAGCUCCCGGUGGAAAAUGUCGACAUCAUAGUCAGUGAGUGGAUGGGAUACUGUUUGUUUUAUGAGACCAUGCUUCCUACAGUGAUCUUUGCCCGGGACAAAUGGCUGAAACCGGAGGGACUACUUUUUCCUGAUAAGGCAUCUCUUCAUAUUUGUGCCAUUGAAGAUCGAAGCUAUAAGGAUGAGAAAAUAAAUUGGUGGGAGAGCGUUUAUGGGUUUGAUAUGAGUGCAUUACGCCGAGUAGCAAUGAGCGAGCCAUUGGUGGAUGUGGUUGAACCAAAACAAGUUGUAACAAGCAGUUGCCUUUUGAAGGAAAUCGAUCUUCACACUAUCACAGUUGAAGAGCUUACGUUCUCAGUUCCCUUUGAAGUCCACUGUCGUAGACAAGAUUACAUUGAUGCCUUUGUUGUAUGGUUCAAUGUUGAAUUUACUCCUUGCCACAAACGAACAGGAUUCUCAACUGCACCUGAAGCUAGGUACACUCACUGGAAGCAGACUGUUUUCUAUCUCGAUGAGUGCUUGACUGUGAAGAAGAAUGAGGGUCUGACUGGACAGUUUGAUAUGAAACCAAACGAGAGAAACAAGCGUGAUUUGGAGAUCAUCAUUGAUUAUGAAUUCAAUGGUGAAGUAGUUCAAGAGACCGGACGUCAAGUCUACCACAUGCGGUGAUGAUGCUCUAGUGUGUUGAAAAGCUAGUGUAACUUUUCCAGAUUGAAGUAAAGUGUUAAAGGGUGGCAGCUGUUCAGGGUUUGCAGCACAUGGAUGGCAUCAAUACUGAGUACAAGUUAUUAUGUACGUAAUCUGCUAUUGAUAUUUUAAUCAAUGUCAUGUAGAUGACGAUGGACCUGCAUCUUCUGUAUUGAUCAAUACACACACACUAUCCAAUCAUUUGUCAA